AUGAAAAUCUUUUUAAAUAAUAAAUUCACUUACUACUCAACUACUACUGAAGUAAGAAAGAAAGAUAGAGAAUCUUGGUUUAUAGAUUCAUUUGAAUUAAUUAAAACCAAAGUCGCUACAUCUUCUCCAAAGAGAAAUAAACUAAAGGAGCAACACUAUUUAUUUGUCAUCGCCAUGCUACCAGUAUCUUCAAAUACCAAUUCAGCUACAACCAGUUCCUCAGCAACUUCUCCUCAAUCCAUUCAUACAGACGUUAAUCUCACACUUCCACUGCCAUCUAUAUUUCAUAAUAACACCAACAGUAUGAAUCCACCAAUUCUUUUCUCACCGUCUGCUUCGUUGACACCAUCUUUUAUGUUGCCAUCCUCGCAAUCCUCCAUGUUGUCGCACAACUCGAACAUCUUCCAAGAUGCCUCCCAGCCGUACGGUAUGGACAUGCCAAACAUGGUCGAGCAAUUCAACAUGCACAGCCAUGCUGGUCACUCUGCUCACUACUCACCAGCCAUUCAAUAUCCCUAUUUGUACCUCCAGCAAUCGGCUGCUCAACAACAACAAGUCCAACAUCAACAUCCAUCACACGCACAUCUCGGUCAAGCCAACGUUCAACAACACCAGAGCUCACCGGCUGCUGCCACUACCACCACACCAACCAAAUCUGUAAAACGUAAACACAACACCACCGAAAAGAAGGAAACAACUGCACCAAACACCAUCCCUAAAUGCACACGUUGCUCAGAGUCUGCUUCGUGGAGACACGACAAGAGAAGAUGGUGGUGUAAAGAAUGUAAGAAGGCUUUCACACCAGGUAUCUCUAAACUCCAGAACGCCUCACCAACUCCACAGACUCAGAUGCCAAUGGCUCAACACCAACAAUGGGACCAACCCCAACCCAACAGCUCACAGAAUACACCACCAUCGGUUCCACAGAAUCCAAACCAAGUAACACCGGUCAGCUGCAAUUGUCCAAGCUGUGGUGGUACCGCCGGUUGGAAGCAUGACAAGAAGCGUUGGUUCUGUAAGGACUGUAAAAAAGCAUUCACCCUACAACCAGACGGAUCCAUGCCAACCUCACCAACCUCACCAAAGCCAAAGAAGACCAAACAAAAAAAGAACGCCGCUGCCACCAUGCCAGUAUCACAACCACCAACCUCGUCGACUGUAAAUAACCAGCUUCUCCAAGCUAACACCCAUUUGGCCCAGCCACAACAACUGCCACCAUUCAACAACACAAUGUUUUUGCCACCACUAGGUACCAACAAAGAGUUGGUAGGAAUGCCUUUCACCCAGAUGCGUGUCGGUCCAGUAAACUCACCAACCUCAAACACUCCACCAUCUAUUCCAUCGCCAUCGUCAAUCAUGAACAUGCCAUCACAGGUUUCGAUGAACAACAACCUCCUAGUGAAUGGAAGUAUGAUCAACCCAAACCUUUCGCCGACUGGAUCAUCAAAGAAGAUGGCCAAAAAGAAAGAAAAAGAUAUGACCGGUAAUGAUGGUCUCCAAGUUUUAGUAAGCGUCGACAAUGGUCUGCCUGACCUGAGCAGUAGAUCGAUUGGUGACCUCAAUGGAGUUUCAGAUUAUUCAAAGAUGACUCAAAAUAAGUAUCCAGUUCAGGAUCUCAGAUAUAUUGCAUCAUAA